AUGGAGCGAAAAAUAAACAGAAGAGAAAAGGAACAUGAAGAAAAGCACAACUCCUCUGAGGGUACUGAGGAAGGCAAGAACUGUAAAAUGCCUCUGAUUACCCUCAAUGUUGGUGGAUACCUGUACAUUACACAAAAACAAACACUAACCAAGUACCCAGACUCUUUUCUUGAAGGUGUGGUAAAUGGAAAAAUUCUCUGUCCAUUUGAUGCAGAUGGCCAUUAUUUCAUAGACAGAGAUGGACUCCUUUUCAGGCACAUUCUGAACUUCCUACGAAAUGGAGAACUUCUUCUACCAGAGGGGUUUCGAGAAAAUCAACUUUUGGCACAAGAAGCAGAUUUUUUUCAGCUUAAGAUGUUAGCUGAUGCAGUGAAAUCAAGGUGGGAGAAAGAACAGCUAGCGUCCAGAGAGACUACUUUCCUGGAAAUAACUGACAGCCACGACCGUUCACAAGGUCUUAGGAUCUUUUGUAAUGCUCCUGAUUUCAUAGCAAAAAUCAAAUCUCGCAUUGUUCUGGUGUCAAAAAGCAGGCUGGAUGGAUUUCCAGAGGAGUUUUCAAUAUCUUCAAAUAUUAUUCAAUUCAAAUACUUCAUAAAGUCAGAAAAUGGUACACGACUUGUACUGAAGGAAGACAACACCUUUGUCUGCACCCUGGAAACUCUUAAGUUUGAGGCUAUAAUGAUGGCUUUAAAAUGUGGAUUUAGACUGCUGACCAGUCUGGAUUGUUCCAAAGGGUCAAUUGUUCACAGCGAUGCACUUCAUUUUAUCAAGUAA